AUGCCUUAUCAAUCAAUGUCCUCGCGGAGAGGAGGCUCAUGGACAAAGGUUGUCAUUUUCAUCUCACUCUAUGUUAUGCUGUUCCAAUCCCUUAUUGAAUGGGUUGUCGUUGUCUAUCUCUAUGCGAUCAAACAUGUGGACUUCAAGAUGGCGCCGAGCUUGAUUUUCGCCCUCGUAGCGGCUUUCUUCACGGUACCUCUUGUAGUAUUGCAUAGCUUUCUCGGCUGGCAGUACAACAGGAUUGUUGGGUAUGAGAGUCAGAAAAAGGUGCUACAUGGUGUAUGCACUUAUAUUCUGCGCUUGACAAUCCUCAUCUGGCUAGGAGCCAGUGUAGCAGGUCUGGUGGUGGUGUCCCAGCAAGCGUUCUGUUUGCCUGAGACUGCCACCGACGGGUUUUGGAAAGCCGGUAUCAGCUGUGCUCUCCAUCGAGCAGUCGUCAUCGUUUCCGUCUUAUCUUUCCUUACCGUUUGUCUAUACUUCUGCUCCAGGGAGCUUUGCGAUCGCCCAUAUGACGUCUCGCUACUCGGUAUCUACAAGCCUCUCUCAAGCCGGGAGGGCAGCAUUGUCUCGGAGUCAACCCUGAGUAGCGAGAAAAAUCUGAAAAGAGACAUCUUCUGUGUCUGCCGCAAUCCAGACAUCACAUACGGCCGAAACCCAUAUACGACAUCAAGCGACAACAGCGAGGCAUCGAACUUUACUCCCAGUAUCCAGCAGCCCAGUCCGAUACGUCCAACCUCUUUCUUACAAUUUGGCGCAGACCCAGUAGCCGAAGCUGAAUACCUAUCUGGCACCACUGCCACCCCUGGCACUCUGCGUGAUCAGUAUUUCCCUGGUGUCUCUCGUACGCCUUCCGCUGCUACUACGCACACCACCCAUCAGGUUCAAGGCCAGGCUUUGCCGGAAUUGCCUGCUGGCUCUGGCACGCCCGCGACAACAAACCACAAAAGAGACAAAUCCUCGAUAUCUUCCCUCCGCCGGUUUCUCCCAAAGUCUUUUCCCGCCUCUCAGCCUUUAUCGGCAGAUCCUCAGAUCCGGGCCCUUGCAGAAGAAAGCGCCCACAUUGACCUUGAGAAGCAAGAAGUACCGCAAUUACCGCAGGAGCCUACACUUCAAGGGCAACAGUCCCCGCCAGAACCCCCAGCAAAGUCACCACAGCCGCCUCCAAAGGACAAUCAACCAUACCCACCAUCUCAACCCACACGAGCAAUUUUAACUCCAUCCCUACCAAGGUCAACAACCACGAACUCCGCCGACGCGCCAGAAGUCAUUACCCCGGCACCCCUCAAAAUUCGCAGAUCAAGCACCACAGCGGCUACUCCCCUCUCACUGAAUCCCAACCGAGCCUCAGGGUCCUGGGCCACCCUUCUCAACCCGACACAGUCAAGGCCAAUGCGCAUGAGCACAAUGCGCAUUCCACAACGACAGUCCCAAUUUGACCCCGUGUAUGCCCCUCGCUACACCCAGAGCCAGCGCUUUCCCAGCGGGCGCAAUCGAUAUAGCCGCCACCUGCGGAGAAACGACUUCGAACCAUAUCAGCAUUCAAGCUUACGCCGACCACGCAGUUCCACUUUCGGUAAUGUGAGUAUCGUUUCAGUCCCUGGUCAUUUAGAUUGUAUUCGCGAGACCGGAGCGUCGCUGGAUGAACUGCCCCCGAGCUUUGACCGGGGAGCUGGAGCUGAAAGCACACGAGGUUAG